AGCGAACAGCAUACGGGGUGGAGAGAUACCUCGAUGCUGCCGUCUGACAAUACUGCACAGCACUGUUUUACCGGAUAAUCAAAUUUUGCUUAGAUGACUAGGGCGGCGAGGUUAAGAAGCCUGUUCUAAAUAAUGAAGCGUAGCCCCACUGUCCUCCUGCUCAGCUGCUUCAGUUACCUCCUCCUCCCCCACCACCACCGCCACCACCACUGCUACCCCUAGUGGCCUUGCAGCAGCAGCGCCAGCAGCCUGGGUCGCUCAGUCGGACUGCUCUGCUCUGCCCUGCCCUGCCCUGCCCUGCGAGUGUGUGACGGGAGAAAUCAAGAGUGCGGUGGGAAAAAAAAAGGAGCACCCUCGUCAGCUGUCGCUCACACACACACACAUGGUGCAUUGUUGCCAUUCCCAAGCUAGCAUCCCCGUGGCUAAGCAUCACGCUAGCGUGCGGCUCGCCGAGACAGGCCUGCGGUUGGAAGGGAUAUAAAUAAAAAAAACGACUCGAUCGGACUGUGUGUGUGGGUUUGGGUGUGUGUGUGAGUGUGUGUGUGUGUGUGUGAGAUUGUGAGUGGGGCGUGUGUGUGAGUGUGUUUUUUUUGUGCCCAUGUGUGUGUCUGUGGUGUGACUUAUUUUUUCCCCUGUCACACACACAGGCACUCUUCCCUCAAGGAUUAGUGUUCUCUUUUUGUAGUUUGUCUUUUUAAAUAAUAAGGUUUAUUUAUUUUAACAACAACAACAACAACAACAACAACAAAAAACUACAAUCACCAGCUGCCACCUGGAGCCAUGGAGCCCAACAUGGAGAACUGUCUGACUCAGGUGCUGCAGAAGGACGUUGGGAGACGGCUGCAGCUGGGCCAGGAGAUCAUCGACUACAUCUCCGACCGCGAGAAGUCCCACGACCUCGAGCAGGACCAGUCCACGCUGGACAAGAUGGUGGACGCCGUCGCUACCUCCUGGGUCAACUCCAGCAACUUCAAGUUGGCUUUGUUGGGAAUGGACAUUCUCUCUGCCUUAUUGAACAGACUGCAAGAACGCUUCAGAGGUCAAGUGUCAACAGUUCUGCCCAGUCUGAUGGACCGCCUGGGUGACGCCAAAGACCAGGUCCGGGACCAGGACCAGACCUUACUCCUUAAGAUCAUGGACCAGGGCGCCAACCCACAGUAUGUGUGGGACCGGAUGCUCGGGGGCUUCAAGCACAAGAACAACCGGACGCGAGAGGGAGUGUGUCUGUGCCUCAUCGGCACCCUCAACGCAUAUGGCGCCCAGGCUCUCACCCUUAGCAAGAUUGUCCCCCACAUAUGCAGCCUUUUGGGCGACCCCACCAGUCAGGUGCGGGACGCAGCGAUGGGCUGUCUGGUGGAGAUCUACAGGCACGUGGGGGAGAGGGUGAGGACGGACCUCACCAAGAAAGGGCUUCCCCAGUCCAGGUUGAAUGUAAUCUUCAGCAGGUUUGAUGAAGUGCAGCGAUCGGGGAACAUGAUUCCGACGUCCAGCUCAGAUAAGAACUUUGAUGAUGAAGACUCAGUGGACGGGGGCCGGUCCUCCUCCUCUUCCUCGUCCAGGGGCCCGCCCAGCGGCCGGAGGGGCGGAGCCAUGGGCUCCAUGCGAAGACCCAGCUCUGCGUCGUCUAAGGGGCCAGCAGGUAAAGAGGGAGCGAGCGCGGGUGCGGUGGACGAGGAUGACUUCAUGAAGGCGUUUGAGGACGCUCCAGCGCUGCAGAUCUACUCCACUCGAGACCUGGAUGACUCCAUCAAUAAGAUCAAGGAGGUUCUGUCUGAUGACAAGCAUGACUGGGAGCACAGAGUCACUGCUCUGAAGAAGGUGCGCUCGCUGCUGCUGGCGGGGGCUCUGGAGCACGAGGGCUUCUCUCAGCACCUGCGUCUGAUGGAGCCGGCCUUCAAGCUCUCCGCCAAAGACCUGCGCUCACAGGUGGUGCGCGAGGCCUGCAUCACGCUGGGACACCUGUCCUUCCUGCUGGGGACCAAGUUUGACCACACGGCCGAGUGCAUCAUGCCCACGCUGCUGAACCUGGUGCCCAACAGUGCCAAGGUCAUGGCCACCUCGGGAAUAGCCUGCAUCCGCCUCAUCCUCAGGCACACCCACUACCCACGCCUCAUCCCCAUCAUCACCAGCAACUGCACGUCCAAGUCAGUGGCCGUCAGGAGACGCUGUUAUGAGUUCUUGGACCUGAUGUUGACAGAGUGGCAGACCAACACCUUGGAGAAACAUGUGGCCGUGCUCUCAGAGACCAUCAAGAAGGGCAUCCACGACGCAGACUCCGAAGCUCGCUCCAUCGCCAGGAAGUGCUAUUGGAGUUUCCAUGGCCACUAUGGGCGGGAGGCGGAGCAUCUGUACCAGGCUCUGGAGUCGUCCUAUCAGAAGGCUCUGCAGUCCCACCUGAAGGGCUCCGACAGCGUCAUGUCCCUCCCCCAGUCCGACCGCUCCUCCUCCAGCUCUCAGGAGAGCCUGAACCGGCCCUUCUCAGUGAAGAGUGUGAUAGGAGGCAGCAUGACCAGGAGUAAGGUGGUGAGCUCGCGAGCCCCGGCCACACCUGGCUCGCUCCAGCGUUCCCGUAGCGAUGUGGAUGUCAACGCAGCGGCCAGCGCCAAGUCGCGCAUGUCCACGGUCCCCUCGGCAUCACCCUUCAGCUCGGCCGCCGCCCUGCCCCCCGGCUCCUACGCCUCACUAGGCCGAGUGCGCACCAGAAGGCAGAGCGCUGGCACCACGGUGGGCUCCGGCAGCACAGUCACAGAUAGCCGCGGGCGGAGCCGGGCCAAGGUGGUGUCCCAGUCCCAGCGAUCCAGAUCAGCUAACCCAACCAGUGCCGGCAGCCGCUCCAGUUCUCCGGGGAAGCUGCUGGGCCACUCGUACGGCAGGAUCCCCCGCUCCACCGUCCCCACGGCCACCACGCCAUCCACGGACAAGCGCCAGCGGGUCCCCCGCAGCCAGGGCUGCAGCCGCGAGACCAGCCCCAGCCGCCUGGGCCUCGCCCGGACCAGUCGCAUCCCCCGGCCCAGCAUGAGCCAGGGCUGCAGCCGGGACACCAGUCGCGAGAGCAGCCGCGACACCAGCCCCGCGCGGGGCUUCGCCCCUCUGGAUCGUUAUAGUCUGAUGCAUCAGGCUCGCAUGUCCGCAUCUAUCAACGCCAUGAGGGUCCUCAACACCGGCACCGAGGUGGAGGCAGCCGUUGCAGAUGCACUGCUGUUAGGAGACUCCAGGAAUAAGCGAAAGCCAUUGAGGCGACGCUACGAGUCCCCGGGGAUAUACUCGGACGACGACGCCAACAGCGACGCGUCGAGCGCCUGCUCGGAACGUUCGUACGGCUCGUCGCGGAACGGCGGCCUGCCGCACUACCUGCGUCAGACGGAGGACGUGGCGGAGGUGCUGAACCACUGCGCCAGCUCCAACUGGUCCGAGAGGAAGGAGGGCCUCCUGGGCCUGCAGAACCUCCUCAAGAGCCAGCGCAUCCUCAGUCGGGUUGAGCUGAAGAGACUGUGUGAGAUCUUCACCAGAAUGUUUGCUGACCCGCACAGCAAGCGAGUGUUCAGCAUGUUCCUGGAGACACUGGUGGACUUCAUCAUGGUGCACCGUGAGGACCUGCAGGACUGGCUCUUCGUGCUGCUCACGCAGCUGCUCAAGAAGAUGGGCGCCGACCUGCUGGGCUCCGUCCAGGCCAAGGUCCAGAAGGCUCUGGACGUCACCAGGGAGUCAUUUCCAUUCGAUCAACAGUUCAACAUCCUCAUGCGAUUCAUUGUGGACCAGACGCAAACGCCUAACCUCAAGGUCAAAGUAGCCAUUCUGAAGUACAUUGAGGCGCUGGGGCGUCAGAUGGACCCCCCAGACUUUGUGAACUCGAGCGAAACGAGGCUGGCCGUCUCUCGCAUCAUCACCUGGACCACGGAACCCAAGAGCUCGGACGUCAGGAAGGCGGCGCAGGUGGUGCUGAUCGCCCUGUUUGAGCUCAACACGCCGGAGUUCACCAUGCUGCUGGGUGCGCUGCCCAAGACCUUCCAGGACGGCGCCACCAAACUGCUGCACAACCACCUCAAGAACUCCAGCAACACCGGCGUGAGUUCUCCCAGUAACACCAUUGGACGCACUCCUCCCAGGCUUCCGUCCAGCCGGACGAGUCCGCUCACAUCACCCACGAACUGCUCCCAUGGCGGCCUUUCACCCAGUCGUCUUUGGGGCUGGGGUGUGGACGGGCUCUCUAAGCACCCCUCCCCUCCCCAUCCUCCUCCUCCUCACUCCCUCCCCACCAACCCCUCCUCCCUCAGGGCCCUGCGCUGCGCGUACUCUCCCAGCCUGCUGGAGUACGACACGGAGAACAUGAACUCGGAGGAGAUCUACAGCUCGCUGCGCGGCGUCACCGAGGCCAUCCAGAGCUUCAGCUACCGCAGCCAGGAGGACCUCAACGAGCCCGCGCGCCGCGACGGCAAGAAAGACGAGGCGGUGGGUCGUGAGGGUGCGUCUCCAGGAAGUGAUGCGCGCCUGGGCCUGGACAUGGUCGACGGGGGCGGCGGCCGCACGGCGCUGGACAACAAGACGUCCCUCCUGAACACGCCCUCGCCGCGCUCCUUCGGCGUCCCCCGCGCGCGCGAACACGGCCCGUACGGCUACGCCGACACCAUCAGCGCCUACGACAAGAGCGCGCUCAAGGAGGCCGUGUUCGACGACGACGUGGAGCAGUUCCGAGACAGCCGUCGUCAAGACUGCGGAGAGAACAAGAUGGUGCUGGCCAAGGGCUUAGCUCCUGUGGACCACUCGGAGUUGGUUGCGGAGCUUCUGAAGGAGCUGUCCAAUCACAACGAGCGUGUGGACGAGCGCCGCGGGGCAUUGGUGGAGCUGCUGAAGAUGACGCGGGAGGACAGCGUGGCCGUCUGGGACGAGCACUUCAAGACCAUCCUGCUGCUGCUGCUGGAGACACUGGGGGACCAGGAUCACACGAUCAGGGCUCUGGCUCUGCGGGUCCUCAAGGAGAUCCUGAGGAACCAGCCGGCUCGCUUCAAGAACUAUGCAGAACUCACCAUCAUGAAGACCCUCGAGGCCCACAAAGACUCCCACAAGGAGGUGGUGCGGGCGGCGGAGGAGGCGGCUGCCACCCUGGCGGGCUCCAUCCACCCGGAGCAGUGCAUCAAGGUGCUGUGCCCCAUCGUGCAGACGGCCGACUACCCCAUCAACCUGGCCGCCAUCAAGAUGCAGACCAAGGUCAUCGAGCGCAUCGCCAAGGACUCGCUCAUCACGCUGCUGCCCGACAUCAUCCCCGGCCUGCUGCAGGGCUACGACAACACGGAGAGCAGUGUCCGUAAGGCGAGUGUGUUCUGCUUAGUGGCCAUCUACUCUGUCAUCGGAGAGGAUCUCAAGCCUCACCUCGCCCAGCUCACAGGGAGCAAGAUGAAGCUGCUGAAUUUGUACAUCAAGAGGGCCCAGACGACCAACAGCAACAGCAGCAGCUCGUCGGACGUGUCGUCGCACAGCUAGCCAUCACAGGACCGGGCGGCCGCGCUGGCACAGCGCUAGCUCAGCGCUAGCUCGGACUCUUCCGCCGGCUCGCCCGCUCGCCCGCCCGCUGCACCCUGCUGCCCUCUCAUCCAACCACGCCCGCUUUAUUUUCUGUUUUCUUUUUGUGAGGGGUGGGGGUGGUAAUAGUGCCCCCCUCUGCCUACCCCCAGAGUCUCCUCGCCUCUCCUCUCCUCUCCUCUCCUCUCCUCUCCUCUCUUCUCUUCUCCUCUCUUCUCUUCUCUUCUCUCCUCUCUUUUCUCCUCUUCCUCUCUCCUCUCCAUUCAUUUCUGCUGUUACACAUGUGGCACCCUCCACCGAUCCGCUCAGAGAGACCUCCCUGUUAUACCAUGAGCUCCAUCGCUGUUGGUUUUCUUUGUUAAGCAGUGCUCUCUCUCUCUCUCUCUCUCUCUCUCUCUCUCUCUCUCUCUCUCUCUCUCUCUUUCUCUCUCUCUAUCUCUCUCGCUCUUUCUCUCUCCCCCUCUCUCUCUCUGUUGUUCAGUGUCCCUCAUUCGUUUGUGUGGAGGGUAUAUUCUGAAUGUAUAGGGAGAUUCUGAUGUUUGGGUUGAAGCUCUUCCACCAGUUGGAUGUUAUUGUCAAUAGCUGAAGUUGGCCUUUGUCCAUUUCCCUGUCCCAGCAGGGCGUAGUGCUACUGUAAAAUGAUUGGUUGAGAGGGGAAAUAAUGUUACUGUAAAAUGAUUGGUUGAGAAAUCUGAAAUGAAAUUGGGAAAUCUGGCCGUUUAAUCUUAACAGGGCAGAAAUAAAGCCUCUGAUAGCAUCCUUCACUCUGUCACAGGCUGUGGAUGUGGUCUAGUUAGGUUACGGACCAGUACAUUUGGGGGGGGGGGGGGGGGGGGAGUUCACUUAAGUGCUGUUUCUCACAAGACAACCCUAGUUUUAAGUAGGAGGUGUUCUCCAUUUUUUCCAAGAGAAACUUUAAGAAAUUAAGUGGGAUUUCUGGGAAGUAGGUGAUCAUUUGGCUGUGCCAGUGAUUUCUAGUAUUUUGAUCAGAUAGAGCAAUGGGACAAGCUCAAAGAAAACGUUUGAGUACCAAGACUACCAAAAACUGUUCAAAGUAGUAAUAUUUGUAUUUAGAAUUGUUACAUUUAUUUAAGAAGUUAAUAAUAAUUUAAGCAACCUUAGGUUAUUUGAGCCCACGGUUUAUGUUGCAAAAAAUCUUGUUUAAAAAAAAAAGUGAUUCUUAUAAUUAUUAUUUUCCAUUUAAUGUCACUCAUUAUGAAGGGUAGCUGAUAGAUAUUAAUUUGGGGUUUUAGGACUUAUUAGAUUCUGAUUGUAAAUUAAUCAGAUUGACUUUCAUCGUUUUAUGUAUGAAUGAGUGAUGAACUGAUUGAGAGGCCUAUGUGUGACUAUGUUGCCACAAUAGAGCAAGCAAGGACAGAACUACUGAAGAAUGUAGACUUUUUUUGUUUUGUUUUUACAAAAACCUGUGAAACAAGAAAAAGCAGAGUCUUUUUUUGGCCUUCCCUGAAGGAGGAUUUGACGAAAGAAAUUGAAAAGACAAUCUGUGAUGUGGACAUAAGCGUUUUCUGUAACGGAAGACGAUUCCAGCCCAUUCUUAAAAGUGCCAGCCCAAGCCCAGCUUAUCCUCACACUACAGUUCAAUCAGCAAUCGGGCCUGUCACAAUAGGAUGGAGAGGCAACAACAACAACAACAACAACAACAAGGACAUGGACAUGGGCAGUGAGGAGACGGAAUCGUAGAAAGACGGAGCCUCCAAAGUGACUCUCGGCCUUUUUACUGCUUGCUCUGUGAGUCGUGGCCUCAACCUCCCACCCACCCACACACACACACACACACACACACACACACACAGUGUAAGAGAUGACUGUGCACCUGCUGAAGACACAGCUGCCCCCCCCUCCCCACACACACACACACACACCUGUAAAUAAAUUGAAUGUCACAGGUCGGGUGGCACAGGUGAAAAGCUGGUGUCUGGUAGAGAGGCCUUCAACAAUCAUUUCUGUCAUAGUGCUGUUUGAGUUCUCUCUGCUGCUGCUCUUCUCUCCCCCUUCUACCAUCUCUCUCUUACUCCCCCCUCUCUCUCUCUUACUCCCUCUUUCUUUCUCCCUCUCUCUCUCUCUCUCUGUCUCUCUCGCUCUCUCUCUCUCUCUCAAAUGUGAAAUCCAGUUGCCUCGGCUCCAAGUGAGAAGGACCAUUUAAGACACUGUAACCCUUUGUUGCUCUUGACAUCCAACUUCCCUUUGCCAAAAAAAAAGACCCCCCUCCACACACAGACAACCAACGCUCCUCCGAUACACAGCCCUCCUCGUGUUUUGUACAUAACUCACUGCAGACCCCCCUCCUUUGAGAGCGACGAUGCAACAACAACAACAACAUCAAAUCCACCGGAACAGAACCAAGGACACCAACAUCAACUCCGUCAUGGACUUUUAAACGAAAAACAAACAAACAACAACAACAACAACAAUAAUAACAGCAACAAAAAAAAGUUGGAUGUCUCAGUCCUUUUGCACGUUAGCAGAUAGCCCGCAUGUUUUGGGCCCAAGUGACUCUGGCGUGCUGCCGCCGUUGGCCCUGCCCGGGCUGCUGGAGCUUUCUUGUCUCCUCAGCUAUGACCAGCCUGGCCAGCCUGUACAUACAGUAUUAUCGUUAUGACUUAUUAUUAUUAUUAUUAUUAUUAUUAUUAUUAUUCAUUAUUGUUUUGGGGAAGGAGGCGGAGUGAUUUUAUUGUAGAGUGCUAAUAGAGGCCCAGUAAGAUGACCAAAACAAGCAUCCAUUUCAGCCUGGACCAACUCUGGACGGAACCCCUCUGAUUUCCCAUGAUGCCCUGCUGCAAAAGUGCCCUCUGUGUCAUGUUGGUGCUGUGAACAGCCGCAUGUGGUUAUAGGAGGGUACUUGGUGUGUGCGUGUGUGCCUUUUUUGGUAGAAUCUGGCAUAGUACAUAAUGCAUACUGUUCCUUUUUUUCCUACUUGGUUCAGUUUGUUCAUUUGUAUCUUCCUUUUCGGAUUGUGACGUGAAGGUAACAGCAGAAUGUGGCAGUCAGAAAUAUUUCAGUGUGUUCCAUUUUUACAUCUGAUAUCCAACCUUUUCUUUCUAAAGUAAGGGAAAGCCAACAGCCCUUAGGCAGUGGUGGUUCUUUUGAUUUUUACAUUCUGCAGCUUUAUGAGAGCUAGGUUUGCCUUUGUUUGCAGAAAUGUUUUUCCCCCUUAGCAGUAUGUUCACUUCGCAUGUAGACCUAUACUUUUUGUGUUUGUUUGAGUGGAAUUUGUUUUGUCAUUCAUAUCUGUAUUUAAAAAAAAAAACCUUAUUUUCUUUUUUUUCUGUUGGUUUAUCACACCCACUGUACAGAUUUGGGGGGAAGGGUUGAAAUCCACCUGUGAUAGAUUUGCAACAAUAUACAUUUGUUUGCUCUAGAAAUAAAACAAAGAUCAAAGUUUA